AUGCAGAACUCCUCAGCGGACAACCUACCUACCUUGUCUUCCACAUCCCUAACGACGGAUACCACGGAGAACGCGUCCAGUGGGGGUCACGAGACCCCUUCCCUUUCAAACCCAGUAUCCGGUCUCCAGAACAGGACUACGAAGAGACCUGUCACUUCAAAAGUGAAUGAUGAAGCAGUCCGAGCUGCCAAACAGCAAAUCCGCUCCAAGCUACGAGAAGAUUGGUCUUGGCCCCCAAAAUCCUCUCCUCCAGACGCUUUGGACUCUCCGGAUGCUAUUGCUGAAUGGCGCGAGCGUGACUCCGACUCUUCAAUUGCUUCCACACCACAAGAUCCCAACCUCAAUCCAUACAAAUACGACAGCCCAGACUCGUUACACCAACCAGUACUCUCCCGGAAGCGCAAAAGAAGGCGGCGUCUGAAAGAGGAGAUGGAAUGGAAUGAAGGUCUUAGAACAUACGUUGAGCGCAGGGAUGCCUGGGCUGGAGCGAGAACACAGCCAAUGACUCCGCCACCAACUUUCAAAUCUCCAUUUGAAGCGCCCUAUCCACCAGUGCGGCCUCCCCCAAACGGCACAUCCUUUACCCCACCCUCUCCCCGUACUGUCGUUCCCGUCGCUCCUCCUAUAAUGUCACCGGAUCAUCCCCUUCGCACCACCGUACAACCAGCAACUUACCCCCAGAUAUACAGCAAAAUCAUCAUUCAAGGCCUCGCACCUACCGUUCCCAUAAACCUGAAAGACGUCGUCAAAUCUCUUGUUGCUGGGUGGAAGAAGGAUGGAGAAUGGCCUCCUAAAAGCGAUGCAGAGAAAGCUGGCCUGGCGCACGCAGCUACAGGAGAGGGGAUGGGUAUGGGUAUGGGUAUGGGUAUUGGUGCGCACCCGAGAAAAGCGGUCAGGAGAAGUGUGGGAAAGGUGAAAAGGGUGCUGGGGUUCGGGCAUGGCGAGGAUGGGGGCGGAGAAGGGGAAGAGGGGAAACCAUUCUGA